AUGAAAAUCAUCAAAAUUAUUCAAAUUCUUCCGUAUUCCCGUUCUUACCGGUUCUUUUGCAAAGACCUCGCCUUUUCAAAUAUUCAAAGGAUGGAAUGGCUUUUCUUCUUCUUCUUCUUCUUCUUCUUCUUCUUCUUCUUCUUCUUCUUCUUCUCUCCUCGUCCUCCUACUCUUAUUCUUCUUUCCUUUUCCUUUACUUCCUCCUCCCCUUCCCUUUUCAGUUCUUCUCCUCAUUCGUCUUCGUCAGUUUCUUUUUCUAAUUCUUCUUCUUCUUCUUCUUCUUCUUCUCCUACACCUCUCCUCUAUUUGUAUUCUUUCUUCUUUUUUUUUGCCUCAGAUUAUCCUUCCAACCUCUUUUUUUUUGUGUUCUUCUUCUUUUCCCUUGGUCGAUACUUUUUCCUUUUCUUCUCAUCCUCCUCUCCUUUUCCUUCUUCACUUCUUCUUCUUCUUCUUCUUCUUCUUGCUAUUCUUCUUUUUCUCCUCCUCUCGUUUUCCUUCUUCGAGUUUUCCUCUCCUUUCUUCUCCCCUUCCCCCUCCUUCUUCUUUGACUUUAGACUUUCCUUCUAA